UUUCAUUUACCAAAUUAAUUACAGCACAAAUUGUUAGAGAAAGCAGUACUAUACUAACACAAAUGACAACCAAAAGAAAAGACAGCAUGGGUGAAGCAGCUACAAACAGUCAUCUCAAAAUGGAGAAGGAGCCUUGUUCUAUCCCUCAAGCUUCUGGAUGGACAAACAACGCCAUACGAAUUGGUGGUGCAAUUGUGCACGGUUUAGCAGGCUCAGGACCUCUCAUCUUGUCAUGCGUGUGCCUUUUCCUUGCCUACAAGAACCGAGAAAAGCGUAGCAAGUUGCUACAAAGAUCUUUGUCCUUAGCUGCACUACAUAGCGGCAAGGUGACAUUGAAUAAUAUCCUUGCCUCAGCUGAGGUUAGGCAUGAUAGUUCUGCUGUUAAUCUUGCAUUUAAGGAGUUCAAAAUACUUCUUAACUCUGAUCAAAUUCAUUUCACUAAGUUGCAGAAAGAGGCAACGAAGUUGGAGAUGACAGGACAAGAAGAUAAGGCAGUGCACUUGCUAACUGAGGCGUAUGAGAAAGCUAAAAAUAAAGGGAAGUCACAUGAGGCUUAUGAGCUUGAAAUGUUGCUUGUUGAAAUGCUUAUUUACAAUGGACAUUUUACGGAAGCUUUGGGUAAAAGUUGCCUGAAUGAGAAAGAGAUAUCUGAUGUUCGCAGACCACUCUAUAAGGCAAUUAUCCACAUCCUCUUACAGAAUAUGGAACAAGCUGAAGAGGCCUACAAUGAGUUUCUGUGCAUGCAAAACGAUUUCUGCUGGAUAUAUAACAUUGCAGAGGAAUCUCCGGAACAUGACAUAGGGCACAAUUUUGCUGAAUUUAAAAUGGUCGUCAGCAAUAUCAAAAAGGAUAUUAAACAUGCUCAAUAAAAUAAAUCUACAAUAAAAUUCCUCAUAUCCAGAAAAAUAAAUUAAGGUCUUCUGAUAAAAUAAUGAAAAAUAGAUAUUAUAAGUUCUCAUA